AUGGCCGAAGCUGUAGACAAUCCCUCUUCCAUCUCCGGCGAGUCUGAUGAGGACUUCAAGUAUGACUUCCAACGAGAGGAAAUGUACAAAGCCUCCAUCGCCGGCGCCGUCGAUGCUUACGACCGCCACGCGUUUCUCCACUUCAAGAGCUCCGAGGAUUGGCUUCCUCGCGUCGAGGGUUCUGACUCUGAUCUGCUUCCGAAGCUUUUCUUCUCAUCUCUCAAGUCUCGCAAGAAUGACAUUGCUGUCAAGACCAAGUUCACGAUAUGCGAGGGACACGACGGGACUGAGUUAUCGGAUGGUGAUGUUCUGAUUUUCCCGGAAAUGAUCAAAUACAAGAGUUUGAAAGAUUCAGAUGUGGAUAGUUUUGUCGAUAAUGUGAUGGUGAAUGGCAAACCCUGGGUUUCUGGAACGCAAGAGGGGUUGACUGGUUCCCACAUAUUUGAGUGUGCUCAUGGUAGCCGGGAUAACAGAUGUGGUGUUUGUGGACCGGUACUCAUUCAAAAGCUCAAAGAAGAGAUCGACUUGCGAGGGCUGGGGGAUCAAGUUUUUGUAACCCCUUAUUCUCAUGUUGGGGGCCCCAAAUAUGCUGGAAACUUGAUAAUCUACAGUCGAAAUCCAGAGGGAAAGAUUAUGGGCCAUCGAUAUGGUUAUGUGAGUCCAAAUGAUGUUCCUGAAUUGCUUGUUCAGCACAUUGGGAAGGGGGGAGAUCAUUGA